CACACAACUGCUGCGGUUCUCCCUCCCACUUCUCCCGUCAGGCUCUUGCCUGCGCAUGCACAUUCGCCCGCUCCAGGCCACCAUUUUGUGUAGGGCCAACUCUGUCCAAGCGGGAGAGGAUUAAAAGCGCUGGGGUGCAAGGGCACGUUUCCCUACAGUCAGCAGAGGAAGACCUAACAAGCACUGAGCUCUCAACCAAAUUUAACGGGUAAAGGAAGACCGAGGAGCAGGUGGUUCUAUGGAUGCUGAAGUUGUUUCCAUGGAGACCGCUCAGGUCGAGGGUCUUCAGGACACUGAGGAGGGUGUUGAGCUGCUACAAAAUGCUGAGGUUGCUAUGAUGGAGGGGGGUGAGGCCCCCCAAGAGGAAGUGACAGGGAAUGUUGAAAUGAUGGUGAUGGACACCCUGGACUCUACCCUUGACCCUGCCCUGCUGCAGAUGAAGACUGAGGUCCUUGAAGGGGGCGGCACUGUGACGGUCACUGGAGGAGACGAGGGACAGAUCAUCACCUUGCAGGUGGUGAACGUGGAAGGCAGCAUGGAACAGACGAGUGCAGCACUGGGGCUGGGACAGCUGCAGCUGGUGCAGGUCCCUGUCACUACAUCCACCGUGGAGGGGCUCCAGGGAAGCUUUGUUGACGUGUCGGCAGGCAACACAGAGGCGGAGCCAGUGAUCUGCCAUACCCUGCCCCUGCCAGAGGGUUUCCAGGUGGUGAAGGUAGGGGCCAAUGGAGAGGUGGAGACAGUUGAGCAGGAGGAGCUGCAGGCAGCCCAGGAUGAGCUCCAGGUUACCCAGGGUGAGGAGGAGGCCGCUGAACCCCAAGCAGAGGACCAGGCCUGGUCCAAAGACCCAGAUUACCAGCCCCCUGCCGGCCUCCGCAAGGGGAAGAAGGGCAAGAAAAGCCGCCUGCGUUACGGGGAGGGGGAGCGGGACAUGGACGUGUCUGUGUAUGAUUUUGAGGAGGAGCAGCAGGAGGGAAUGCUCUCGGAGGUCAACGCAGAGAAGGUGGUGGGCAACAUGAAGCCACCCAAACCCACCAAGAUCAAAAAGAAAGGUGUGAAGAAGACCUUCCAGUGUGAGCUGUGUAGUUACACCUGCCCCCGUCGCUCUAACCUGGACCGCCACAUGAAGAGCCACACAGACGAGAGGCCGCACAAAUGUCACCUGUGUGGGAGGGCCUUCAGAACGGUCACGCUGUUGAGGAACCACCUGAACACACACACAGGCACUCGUCCUCAUAAAUGCCAGGACUGUGACAUGGCCUUUGUGACCAGUGGAGAGCUUGUGCGUCAUCGUCGUUACAAACACACACACGAGAAACCGUUCAAGUGUUCCAUGUGCGACUAUGCCAGUGUGGAGGUGAGUAAGCUGAAGAGACAUAUCCGCUCCCAUACAGGAGAGAGGCCCUUCCAGUGCAGUUUGUGUAGCUACGCCAGCCGAGACACCUACAAGCUGAAGAGACACAUGAGGACACACUCUGGUGAAAAGCCAUAUGAGUGCUACAUCUGCCACGCUCGCUUCACGCAGAGUGGCACCAUGAAGAUGCAUAUCCUGCAGAAACACACUGAGAAUGUGGCCAAGUUCCACUGCCCCCACUGUGAUACAGUCAUCGCACGAAAGAGUGACCUGGGUGUGCACUUGCGGAAGCAGCACUCUUUCAUCGAGACAGGCAGGAAGUGUCGCUACUGUGACGCUGUGUUCCAUGAGCGUUACGCACUCAUCCAGCACCAGAAGUCCCACAAGAAUGAGAAACGCUUCAAGUGUGACCAGUGUGACUACUGCUGCAGGCAGGAGCGUCACAUGAUAAUGCACAGACGCACCCACACAGGGGAGAAGCCGUAUGCCUGCAGCCAGUGUGAGAAAACAUUCCGGCAGAAGCAGCUUCUUGACAUGCAUUUCAAACGCUAUCAUGACCCCAACUUCAUACCCACCGCCUUUGUCUGCAGCAAGUGUUCAAAAACCUUCACUCGCAGGAAUACCAUGCUGCGCCAUGCAGAGAACUGUAACGGCGAUAACCCUGGUGACGAGAACGGAACCCCGCCCAAGAAAGGUCGUCGUGGCCGGAAGAGGAAGAUGCGCUCCAGACGGGAUGAUGAUGACGACACUGAGCCUGAAUUGGAUGACAUCGAGGAGGAGGAUGAGGAGGAGGAGGAGGAAGAAGAGGAGGAGCUUGCUGAGAUUGAGGUGGAACAGGCACCACCUGUUGUUCCUCUUCCUGCCCCUGUGGGCCCACCAGCCAAAAGGAAACGUGGACGACCUCCCAAGCCCAAGCCUGCCCCACCCGCAGCAAUUAUCCGUGUGGAGGAUGAGGCUACAGGCGAGGUAGAUGACAUCAUUGUUAAGAAAGAGAUGGAAGCCGAGCAGGCGAAACAGGAGGAAGAAGCUGUUGAGGAGGAGCCAACAGUAGAGGCGGAGCCGGCUGAACGAGAGCCAGCGAAUCAGGUGGCGGAGUCAGUCCAGGCUGAUCAGGUGGUGCAGGAAGUGGCCCUGUCUGUCACAGAGGCUCCACCCAAUGGUGACCUCACUCCUGAAAUGAUUCUCAGCAUGAUGGACCGGUGAUGAGGCCUGGCCCUGGUCUGCAUCUGACAAAACAUUGUCUCCUGUCUGUAUACACACACCCCAUUAUACCCUCUCUCAGAUACACAUACCUGCACUCACAUAGCCACAGACAUAAUACCACACACACAGGUUGUAAACAUAGGUCUGUCUGAUGUUGAUUAUGAUACCUGGGACAUGUCUGAAGUUACCUUCAGCCCAUUCUAUUUUUUUAAGAGCUUAUUUUCCUCUUGUGAUCUGUCUGCAUCCCAUUGCAAGACCCCUGAUACCCUCAUGUUGAAUUGUGUGUGUAUAUAGAAUCUUGAUAACAUUAUGCAGACUGUCACUGGAAGAUAUGUAAGGAGAGCAGAUGUGGAUCAGAUUAUGAUCAUGUAUUGUAUCAAAUCAUGUGCUUUCAUUCUGCUUUCAAUCUUGUUCUAUAGGCCCCACAUUUGAUCUCUUUACAUUUUCACUUGUCUGUUGUUUGUCUUAAAACAAUGUAGUCGUGCUCUCACCCAUAGCAGUUAGGGGUCAAAGGUUGGGGGGUGACCAAAAUAUUCUGCUUUUUAAAAAUGUGAUUGUUUUCACAUGAAACAAAACACCUUGCUAUUGUUAAAGCUUUUAGAAUGGAUAUGUUUUUUUGGGUUGAUGCUUUUUUCCCUUUUUGUACCAUGGAAAUGAAAUGACUGGAUGUGUAAUGGGAGGGGUGGGAGAAUGUAUGACUGUACAGCGAUUAAAUAAAAAAGAUCAACCUACUGAA